AGGAGCAGGCCCCGGCUCCGGCCCUGGCUCUGACGGCGCUUCGAUGCGGGGCUAGGAGCGCAGCCGCCCCUCGGCCUGCCCUGCCCGGGCGCGGAGCCGCGCUUUCUUCUCAGCCCGGAGCCGUCGGCCUCAGCGUCUGCGAUGAACCCGGUGAAUGCUACAGCCUUGUACAUCUCCGCCAGUCGCCUGGUGCUCAACUACGGCCCCGGAGAGGACCCGCAGUGCCUGGCCGAAAUCGGCAAGCUGCUGCCCUACUUCCGGCAGUCGCUCUCUUGCUGUGUGUGCGGAAAUCUGCUGCAAGAUCCAAUUGCACCCACCAAUUCCACAUGCCAGCAUUAUGUAUGCAAAACCUGUAAAGGCCAGAAGAUGAUGAUGAAACCAUCGUGUAGUUGGUGCAAGGACUAUGAGCAGUUUGAAGAAAAUAAACAGUUAAGCAUUCUAGUGAAUUGCUAUAAAAAACUAUGUGAGUACAUUACACAAACACCACUAGCACGGGAUAUUAAAAAAGCUGCUGAGACUUCUCCAGAUCUAUUGACUUUGCUUAAAGAUGGCGCUGCACUCCAUGAAGAUACAGAAGAAACAUCUGAUGAAGCCGUUGCAGUGUGUAUCACACAUUCCCCAUCACCUUCAACCUCAGAGCAUGCUAAUGAGCCUCCAGCAUGCCGUUCUUCUGUUCCUGAAAGCACAUAUGAGUCUGAUGUGAAAGGCUCCACUAUUAAUGGGUUGCCCAAUUGCAAUGGGCUGUCAGUAGAUAAAACUGGAGCAAAUAUUCCUUCUCCUGAACAUGCAAAUACAAUUGAUGUAUGUAGCCCUGCACAGUGCAUAGAAACUGACGAUAAUUCUAGCAAUCUUCAACCUGGCCAGUGCUUAAAAAGUGACAAUAUUUCUAGCAAUCUUCACCCUGGACAGUAUGUAAAAACUGAAGCUAUUUCCAGCAGUCUUCAGCCUAUCUGUGAUGCAGUUUCUCCUAGUGACUUGUGUGCGGUAAGCAGUGAUACUUGCAGUUUCAGCAAAGACACCAAACCUGGUGAUUCUCUCCUACUUAGUGUUGAGGAAGUGCUACGGAGCUUGGACUCCAACGCAGAGGUCUGUGGUCCUAAUCUGCAACACAGCUUGGAAACCAAUAUAUCCAACGGCCCUUUUUUGCAGCUUUGUCCUCCACCACCUAGCCAUAGCAUGUUCGUGUCAAUGGGUGCUUCACCUUACGGGAUUUCAUGUACAGCUGCGACACCGAAGGCGGUAAAAUUAAAUAGAAAGCGAUCGCGUUCCGAAAGUGACAGUGAAAAGGUUCAGCCUCUUCCAAUUUCCAGCAUCCUUCGUGGCCCAACGUUGGGAGCCUCAGCCCCGGUAACAGUGAAACAGGAUACAAAGAUGUCUUUGCAGCCUGUAGCAGCUGUACCAAAUGGAGGCACCGCUCCUAAGAUAGGCAAAACUGUACUCUUAGCAAACAAAGGCAUGAAAAAGACUCUAGACCACACCGCCAAGAAACCCCAUCCGAAAUCCAAAACAGGAAUGCUGAAAAAAUCAAGAGCUAGCAGUCAUGUGCCAGGCGGUCUAACGAAAACGGUGUACAAAAAGCCACAGGAAAAGAAGGGGUGCAAAUGUGGUCGAGCCACCCAAAAUCCAAGUGUUCUUACAUGUCGUGGCCAACGCUGUCCUUGUUACUCGAACCGUAAAGCUUGCUUAGACUGCAUAUGCCGUGGCUGCCAAAAUUCAUAUAUGGCUAAUGGGGAGAAGAAACUGGAGGCAUUUGCAGUGCCAGAAAAGGCUUUGGAGCAGACUAGGCUUACCUUGGGCAUUAAUGUGACAAGCAUUGCUGUGCGCAAUGCCAGCACAAGUACCAGUGUAAUUAAUAUGACAGGGUCACCAGUAGCAACGUUUUUAGCUGCCAGUACAAACGAUGAUAAGAACUUGGACGAAGCUAUAGACAUGAGAUAUGACUGCUGAGUCAAUUUUUUUCUUUUUGAUCUUUCUCUCCUGCCUUUGGUAGGGGGACUGCUAUAAUUUUGAGGGCAGCUAUGGUUCUGUUUAACUUGCCGGAGCUCCUGCAUAUAAAUCACUUGUAUCAAGUGUUUUUCAUUGCUAUGUUGUGUGUUAGUGUCUGGGAAAUAGUUUGACGGUAAUUGCGGAGUUACCCUGAAACUGUCUUUAGUUCUUACAGCACCUCAUAGUUUCAGAUCAAAUGCUAAUGUAAAUGAUUUAUAAUACACAAUUACUUUUGGGCAAAUAUUGACCUUGUUCCAGUUCAUGCUUUGUGCUUAAUCAGAGAUUGAUUGAAUAUACAGCAAUGGUUUCUAGUCAGUCCAUCACAGUUGUGGUAAUUUAUUAUGUACCCAUGUUUAGAGUCAGUGUUGCAGGAAAUCAGCGUCAAGCUCAUGUAGUAAAAAUGUCACAGCCAGUCUUCUAAUACCACGUUAUUGUGGAUAGGGAGAUUAGUAAUUGAGCACUUUAAACUUAUUCAAAAAUUAAAGUUAUUUUACUUUUCCAUCUAGUGUAUGCUGUCCUGGAGCAAAGAAAACUAUGAAACUGGGCCCUUCUGUCAGAUUUGAAUACUCAAGAUUCUCAAAUAUAUGUUUCUUUUUCUCUAGAGUAAUAUUUCAAAAAUACUAAUAGAAGUUCCAUUGUCAUGAAGCAGCCUUUGAAGAUUUAUUAUUAUUAUUUUAUUAUUAUUUUUGGAAGAAUUUGCAGAUUGGUGUCACUAGUCUUUUGCAUUAUGUGUCAUACUGUAAAUGUUAAUCUUCAAGAUAUUAUUGUGGAGUUCAUUAUGAAAUAGGUAAUGUAUAUUUUGGAAUGUGCUAGUUAGCUACAAAAUAAAAGCAAUUUAAUUCUCAUGCCAAAAUUACUGAGACAUCAUUGUAUAUGUUAGUUUUUAGCUGUUGG